AUGUGGGAAAAGCCAAAUCCACCCCGGGAAUCCGAGCAGGGCUGGAGGGAGUCGGGAAUUCUGCUCCCAGAGGGAUUCUGGAAUUCUGUUCCCGGAGGGAUUCUGGAAUUUCAGUCCCAGGGGAUUCUGGAAUUCUGUUCCCGGAGGGAUUCUGGAAUUUCGCUCCUGGAGGGAUUCUGGAAUUCUGCUCCCAGGAGCCGGAAAAUCCAGAUCCGGAACAUCCCCCCCCAGCUGCGAUGGGAGGUUUUGGAUGGGUUGCUGGCCCAGUACGGCACCGUGGAGAACUGCGAGCAAGUGAACACGGACAGUGAGACCGCCGUGGUGAACGUCACCUACGCCAGCCGCGAGCAGACCCGGCAAGCCAUCCUGAAGCUGAACGGGCACCAGCUGGAGAGCCACUCCCUCAAGGUUUCCUACAUCCCGGACGAGCCCCCGAGCGCCGGCGGCGGCCGCAGGGCCGGGCCCGGAGCGCGCGGCCCCCCCCGGGCCGCCUCCCCCGCGGGCGCCCCGCGAGCCGCGGCCCCGGACGUGCCCCUGCGGCUCCUGGUGCCCACCCAGUUCGUGGGGGCCAUCAUCGGCAAGGAGGGGGCCACCAUCCGCAGCAUCACCAAGCACACCCAGUCCAAGAUCGACGUGCACCGCAAGGAGAACGCGGGCGCGGCGGAGAAGGCCAUCAGCAUCCACUCGACGGCGCAGGGCUGCUCGGCCGCCUGCAGGAUGAUCCUGGACAUCAUGCACAAGGAGGCCAAGGACACCAAGGCGGCUGAUGAGGUUCCCCUCAAGAUCCUGGCCCACAAUAACUUUGUGGGGCGCCUGAUCGGCAAAGAGGGCCGGAACCUCAAGAAGGUGGAGCAGGACACGGAGACCAAAAUCACAAUUUCCUCGCUGCAGGAGCUGACCCUGUACAACCCCGAGCGCACCAUCACGGUGAAGGGCUCCCCCGAGAGCUGCUGCCGCGCCGAGCAGGAGAUCAUGAGGAAAGUGCGCGAGGCCUACGAGAACGACGUGGCUGCCAUGAGCUUACAAUCCCACCUGAUCCCAGGUCUGAACCUGGCUGCUGUCGGGCUCUUCCCGGCCUCCUCCACGGCGGUGCCGCCGCCCCCGAGCAGCGUCUCUGGGGCUGCUCCCUACAGCUCCUUCCUGCCCCCGGAGCAGGAGACCGUGCACGUGUUCAUCCCGGCGCAGGCGGUCGGGGCCAUCAUUGGCAAGAAGGGCCAGCACAUCAAGCAGCUCUCGCGCUUCGCCAGCGCCUCCAUCAAGAUCGCUCCCCCGGACACUCCGGACUCCAAGGUGCGCAUGGUGGUGAUCACCGGCCCGCCCGAGGCGCAGUUCAAGGCUCAGGGCAGGAUUUACGGGAAGCUGAAGGAGGAGAAUUUCUUCGGGCCCAAGGAGGAGGUGAAGCUGGAGACUCACAUCCGAGUGCCGGCCUCGGCCGCCGGCCGCGUCAUCGGCAAGGGCGGCAAAACCGUGAACGAGCUGCAGAACCUGACGGCGGCGGAGGUGGUGGUGCCGCGGGAGCAGACGCCGGACGAGAACGAGCAGGUGAUCGUCAAAAUCAUCGGGCACUUCUACGCCAGCCAGAUGGCGCAGCGCAAGAUCCGCGACAUCCUGGCGCAGGUGAAGCAGCAGCACCAGAAGGGCCAGAGCCAAUCCCGGAGGAAAUAG